AUGCAUUAGUUUAUUACGACAUAUAUUUGGCAAUCAGCUCCUAUUAACAUGAUUUCAUAUAUACGAUAUAACCGGACAGAAGUUAGUUUAAAUACCAAAAUGGUGGCAAAAUUUGUAAUAUUCUGUUUUGUUGCUGCUAUUUCGGAAGUCAACGGAAGACAAGAAACAAGACUCAGCAAAGAAAAUGCCUUGUCAUUCCUCGGCCGGAAGAUAUUAUCGUCUGCGAAACACGCAGAAUACUCGUCCUGUGCUGAUAGCUACUACUGUAGCAUGCACCUAAUGGAAUGUUCGACAGAAGAAGCUAAAGAGGACGUUUGCCAAGAUCAAUGUUCCUAUUUCCAGACUUGUUUUUUCCACUUAAAUGGAGCUGAUUGCUGGAGUCAAAAUACUCACUGUAGCAAAAUAGAACCUUUCAAACAAGGUAAAGGAAGCUUUGCCUUCUUGAUGAUACUCACCGUAGUGUGCAUCAGCUUGAGUAUUGCCCUGGUCGUCAUAUGUAUAAGGAAAUGCAAGAAGAAGCGGUCAACAUCUCCGAUGAGAUCCUGGCCGACAUAUCAAAACAGUUACAUUGGACAUGAACAAUAUGUUCAAUUUGUCAACCGAUAUCCAGUCAGCAACAAUCUUGGAAAUCAGCAAAUACCUGGAAGCAGUGGAAACAAUGGAAACAGCAGAAAUCUGCCCACAUAUGACGAGGCGGCAGGAGCAAAAAGGCCCGAGGUGAACGUAAGAAAUAAUCAACAACUAAGAGAAACCCCGACUGCACCUGGUCAUGAUCCAAUGCAAAACAUCCCACCGCUGCAGUUUAAUUAUACCUCAUCAUAGUGAAGAAUUGUAUGCUAAAAUUCCGCGUUGUUGGAAUUUGUUGACAAAAAAUUAUUAUUGUGUGUUUUAAAUGAAACAACUGACUAUAAACGAUUAAAAUGCUUGUAGAGAUAUGAUGUAAACAUCACAGUAUCUUACAUCUGUGUUUUAAAACCUUGAAAUUGAUUUUUUCCCAUUUCAGUUUAUUUUUUUCGAUGUACGUGAUCAUUCUGUGCUUACAUUUUUGAAAAUUAAGCAUAAGGAAUCUAUAUUCAUUUGGUACCUUAAACGCUUUAAAACUUUCUCGAUCGUUAAAAAUUAUUAUCUGUGUACAUGUAUACCAUAUUUUCUUGUUAUAUGCACACUAUACAGAUGAACCUCUUUUGCUAAAUAAACAUGUGACAAGG